GAAUAUUUUUUUUUUUUUUGGAUUCUUUCUUGUUCAUGUCGCGCUUGAUCUUCCAACACACUCGUCAACAAUUGGCCAAGACACCUUUUCGUCGUGCCUUGUUCUCUACUGCUAUUCCUCGUCUUCAACAACAAAACAAAACUACUCAUUUUGGAUUUCGUGAUGUAGCUGAAGAAGAAAAAGAAUCAUUAGUCCACAAAGUAUUUGCUAAUGUAGCUGGUAAAUACGAUGUGAUGAAUGAUGCCAUGAGUAUGGGUAUUCAUCGUAUUUGGAAGGAUGAAUUUAUUCGUUCGAUGGCACCUGGUCCAGGUACUAAGCUUUUAGAUGUUGCUGGUGGCACUGGUGAUAUUGCAUUAAGAUUUUUAGACUAUUGUAAGAAUAUUCACCAUGACAAUACAGCCACCGUCAAGUUAGUCGAUAUCAAUCCUCAUAUGUUGGGAGAAGGAGAAAAGCGAUUUCAAAGAACACCUUAUGCUCAUACCAACCAAGCAAGUUUCUUGGUUCAAAAUGCUGAACAUUUAGACGAAAUUCCUGAUGAAUCUGUGGAUGUAUACACGAUUGCUUUUGGCAUUCGUAACUGCACACAUGUUGACAGAGUAGUAAAAGAAGCCCAUCGUGUAUUAAAAAAGGGAGGUCGAUUUAUGUGCUUAGAAUUCAGUCGGGUGGAUAACCCCAUCAUUGGUAAAUUCUAUGAUAUUUACUCCUUUGAUGUGAUUCCUGCCUUGGGUCAAGUGAUUGCAGGUGACCGUGACUCUUACCAGUACUUGGUCGAAAGUAUUCGUAAGUUUCCUCCUCAAGAAGAAUUUGCACAAAUCAUUCGUGAUGCUGGAUUCAAGACUAUUGGGAAGGGCUAUGAAGAUCUUACAUUUGGCGUGGCUUCUAUCCAUAGUGGAUUCAAAAUUUAGUUUAUUAA